GCGUCACUGAAAUUUCUAGUGUUUUCCGGGCCCAGCCGGGCCAGCCAUUCCUGGCCCGAUGCCCUGAAGGUUCCCUGAGAUGAGCCGGUGACUUGGGUCGGCGCCAUGGUGCAGAAGAAGAAGAGCUGUCCCCGGUUGCUUGACUACCUUGUGAUCAUUGGAGCCAGGCAACCGAGCAGCGACAGCGUCGCCCAGACCCCCGAAUUGCUGCGGCGGUACCCGUUGGAGGAUUAUCCGGAAUUCCCGCUGCCCCCGGACGUGGUGUUCUUCUGCCAGCCGGAGGGAUGCCUGAGCGUGCGGCAGCGGCGGACGAGCCUGCGAGACGACACCUCCUUCGUCUUCACCCUCACCGACAAGGACACGGGCGUCACCCGCUACGGCAUCUGCGUCAACUUCUACCGCUCCUUCCAGAAGCGGGUGCCCAAGGAGAAGGGCUCGGAGGGCGGGGCGGGGCACCGCGGGCGGGAGGCGCCCAAGGCCGCCCCCGUCCCGGAGGAGACGGGCACCGAGGGCUCGGAGAGCGGCCCGGCCCCGCGGCCCCCCAGCGCCGACUCCACCCCCGAUCUCAGUCAGUCCCCACGCGCCAAGCGCCGGGCCCGAGCGGGCAGCCGCUCUCGCAACAGCACCUUGACCUCCUUGUGCGUGCUCAGCCACUACCCCUUCUUCACCACCUUCCGGGAGUGUCUGUACACCCUCAAGCGUCUAGUGGACUGCUGUAGUGAGCGACUCCUGGGCAAGAAGCUGGCCGUCCCUCGGGGCGUGCAGAGGGACACGAUGUGGCGCAUCUUCACGGGCUCCCUGCUGCUGGAGGAGAAGCCCAGCGCGCUUCUGCACGACCUGCGGGAAAUCGAGGCCUGGAUCUACCGGUUGCUGCGCUCCCCGGUGCCCGUCUCCGGCCAGAAGCGGGUGGACGUCGAAGUCCUGCCCCAGGAACUGCAGCCGGCCCUGACCUUUGCUCUUCCCGACCCGUCUCGCUUCACCUUGGUGGACUUCCCCCUGCACCUGCCCUUGGAGCUGUUGGGGGUGGAGGCCUGCCUGCAGGUGUUGUCCUGCAUCUUGCUGGAGCACAAGGUGGUGCUGCAAUCCCGAGACUACAACGCCCUGUCCAUGUCGGUGAUGGCCUUCGUGGCGAUGAUCUACCCCCUGGAGUACAUGUUCCCGGUCAUCCCCCUGCUUCCCACCUGCAUGGCGUCCGCGGAGCAGCUGCUCCUCGCUCCGACCCCCUACAUCAUUGGUGUUCCCGCCAGCUUCUUCCUCUACAAACUGGACUUCAAAAUGCCAGAUGAUGUGUGGCUGGUGGAUCUGGACUGCAGCAGGGUGAUCGCCCCUACCAAUGCCGAGAUCCUGCCCGUCCUGCCGGAACCCGAGUCUGUGGAGCUGAAGAAGCACCUAAAGCAGGCCUUGGCCAGCAUGAGCCUGAAUACCCAACCCAUCCUCAACCUGGAGAAGUUCCACGACGGCCAGGAGAUCCCACUCCUUUUGGGAAGGCCAUCCCACGACCUGCAAUCCACCCCGUCUACCGAGUUCAACCCCCUCAUCUACGGCAACGACGUGGACUCGGUGGACGUGGCUACUAGGGUGGCCAUGGUGCGCUUCUUCAACUCCCCGAACGUCCUGCAGGGCUUCCAAAUGCACACGCGCACCCUGCGCCUCUUUCCGCGGCCCGUGGUGGCCUUUCAGGCCGGCUCCUUCCUAGCCUCGCGGCCCCGGCAGACCGCUUUUGCCGAGAAGCUGUCCCGGACCCAGGCGGUGGAGUACUUUGGAGAGUGGGCCCUCAAUCCCACCAACUAUGCUUUCCAGAGGAUCCACAAUAACACGUUCGACCCGGCCCUGAUUGGGGACAAGCCCAAGUGGUACGCACACCAGCUGCAGCCCAUCUACUACCGAGUCUACGACGGCAACUCCCAGCUGGCCGAGGCGCUGGGCGUCCCUCCCGAGAGGGACACGGAUUCCGACCCCACUGAUGACAGUGGCAGCGACAGCGUGGAGUACGACGACUCGAGCUCUUCUUACUCCUCCCUCGGGGACUUUGUCAGCGAGAUGAUGAAAUGCGACAUCAACGGCGAUACCCCCAAUGUGGACCCCUUGACGCACGCCGCUCUGGGGGAUGCUAGCGAGGUGGAGUUCGGUGAGCUGCAGGAGAGCCGCGGGGAGCUGGACGAGCCCGGCCCAGAGAGCGAGAAUUCCCAGGAUAACGUGCAGCCUCGCUCCAGUUCCAGCACCACAGCCAGCAGUAGCCCCAGCACCAUCGUCCACGGAGCCAACCCUGAGCCCGCUGAUUCAACGGAGAUGGAUGAGAAGACAAUGGCUGGCUUCCCCAACCCCCUUCCCCCCCUGCCCCCCGGCUUUGGCAAGUUGAGCCUGGAGAAGCGCGAGGGAGAGAGCGGGGCCCCAGAAGGGCUGGGGCGCCGGCGCGACUACGACAACCCCUACUUCGAGCCUCAGUACGGCUUCCCCACCGAGGAAGAGGAAGACGAGCAGGAGGAGAGCUACACCCCCCGAUUCAACCAGAACCUCAGCAGCGCCAGGGCCCAGAAGCUCCCGCGACCCAACAGCCUGAAGCUGGCCAGCGAUUCGGAUGCCGACUCGGAUUCCCGGGCCAGCUCUCCCAACUCCACCGUCUCGAACAACAGCACGGAGGGCUUCGGGGGCAUCAUGUCCUUUGCCAGCAGCCUGUAUAGGAAUCACAGCACCAGUUUCAGCCUCUCCAACCUGGCCCUGCCAAGCAAAGCUGCCAGAGACAAGACUACUCCCUUCCCCAGCCUGAAAGUAUUUGGGCUAAAUACUCUAAUGGAGAUUGUUACUGAAGCCGGCCCUGGGAGCGGUGAAGGAAACCGGCGGGCCCUGGUGGAUCAGAAGUCUUCGGUCAUUAAGCACAGCCCAACGGUGAAGAGAGAGUCCCCCUCCCCGCAGGGCCGGGCCAGCAAUUCCAGUGAGAACCAGCAGUUCCUGAAGGAGGUGGUGCACAGCGUACUGGACGGCCAGGGGGUGGGCUGGCUGAACAUGAAGAAGGUGCGGCGGCUGCUGGAGAGCGAGCAGCUGCGGGUCUUCGUCCUGAGCAAGCUGAACCGCACCGUGCAGUCGGAGGAGGACGCCCGGCAGGACGGCGUCCCGGACGUGGAGAUCAGCCGCAAGGUGUACAAGGGGAUGCUGGACUUGCUCAAAUGCACCGUGCUGAGCCUGGAGCAGUCCUACGCCAAUGCGGGCCUCGGGGGCAUGGCCAGCGUCUUCGGACUGCUGGAGAUAGCCCAGACCCAUUAUUACAGCAAAGAGCCGGACAAGAGGAAGAGAAGCCCCACAGACGGCGUCAGCACCCCGGUGGGCAAGGACCCGGGCCCGGGCGGGCGAGGGGAUCCAAAGGCCACGGCCCAGCUGCUGGUUCCUCAGCUGGGACCCCGAGCACCAAGCGCAACAGGAAAGGGGCCUAAGGAGCUGGACACCCGAAGCCUAAAGGAAGAGAAUUUUGUCGCGUCUAUCGAAUGGUGGAACAAGCACCAGGAAGUGAAAAAACAAAAAGCUUUGGAAAAACCGAGGCCCGAGGGAAUCAAACCUGCCUUCGGCCUCGGCGAAACGGAGGAGAAGAAGUCCCAGAUCAGUGCCGACAGUGGUGUGAGUCUGACGUCCGGCUCCCAGAGGAGCGACGUGGACUCGGUCGUCAGCGUGGGGCCGGCGGUUAUGAUCCGAAGCACGAGCCAGGAUUCGGAAGUUAGCACCGUGGUGAGUAAUAGCUCUGGAGAGACCCUGGGCGCGGACAGCGACCUGAGCAGCAAUGCAGGCGAUGGCCCCGGAGGCGAGGGCAGCGCCUAUUUGGCGGGCUGGCGGGGCACCGUGUCCGACAGCGAGAUUGAGACCAACUCGGCCUCGGGUGCCAUCUUUGGCAAAGCUCACAACCUGAAGCCAAGUGCGAAGGAGAAGCCAGUGAGCAGCCCCGGACGAGCCCCCGAGGAUGUGAGCCAACGUGUCUACCUCUAUGAGGGGCUCCUGGGAAGGGACAAAGGAUCCAUGUGGGACCAGUUAGAGGACGCGGCAAUGGAGACCUUCUCUAUGAGUAAAGAGCGCUCCACUCUGUGGGACCAGUUGCAGUUCUGGGAAGAUGCCUUCCUGGAUGCUGUGAUGCUGGAGAGGGAAGGGAUGGGCAUGGACCAGGGACCGCAGGAAAUGAUUGACAGGUACCUGUCCCUGGGGGAGCAUGACCGGAAACGCCUGGAAGAUGAUGAAGAUCGCCUGCUAGCCACGCUUCUGCACAACCUUAUCUCUUUCAUGCUUCUGAUGAAGGUUAACAAGAAUGACAUCCGGAAGAAAGUGCGGCGCCUUAUGGGGAAGUCACACAUCGGGCUGGUCCACAGCCAGCAAAUUAACGAGGUGCUCGACCAGCUGGCCAACCUGAACGGGCGGGAGCUGGCCAUCCGGCCCAGCGGCAGCCGGCACAUCAAGAAGCAAACGUUCGUCGUUCACGCGGGAACAGACACAAGUGGAGACAUCUUCUUCAUGGAGGUGUGCGAUGACUGCGUGGUCCUCCGCAGCAGCAUCGGGACGGUGUAUGAGCGGUGGUGGUACGAGAAGCUCAUCAACAUGACCUACUGCCCCAAGACCAAGGUGCUCUGCCUGUGGCGUAGGAACGGGCCAGAGACCCAGCUCAACAAGUUCUACACUAAGAAGUGUCGAGAGCUGUACUACUGCGUGAAGGACAGUAUGGAGCGGGCUGCCGCGCGGCAGCAGAGCGUCAAGCCCGGCCCCGAGCUGGGCGGCGAGUUCCCAGUCCAGGACAUGAGGACGGGCGAGGGGGGCCUGCUGCAGGUCACCCUGGAGGGGAUUAACCUCAAGUUCAUGCACAACCAGGAGCGGAAGGUUUUCAUAGAGCUGAAUCACAUUAAAAAGUGCAAUACGGUGCGAGGCGUCUUUGUCCUGGAGGAAUUUGUUCCUGAAACUAAAGAAGUGGUGAGCCACAAGUACAAGACACCAAUGUGCGCGGCAAGGAAGCGGAAAACCGAAGCAAACCCCCCCGGCCCGUCUCCAGCUGACGGAAGACAGCUAAGCGGGCAGCCCCCCGGCCCCUGGGCCACGGGCUGCUCCUGGCGUGCACGUUGCUCCCCUCGCCGAGAAGCGGAUAUUUGUGUGUUCUCUGCAAGUCCUUCCCCGUGACUCACCGUGGGCUCCCAGCUGCGUAUGCGUGCGUGUGUUUGCCUCUAGCUCUCACGGGACUGAGUAAACGCCACUGACAUCCCUUCCUCCCGCUUCUGGAAGAAGCCCAGUCUGGUCCCCCCCCAAGGACACUACCGUCCGCCUGCCCGUCCGUGGGCCUAGUGGCUGCCGGUAACCGAGGGAGUAGGCUGGCCCUUCUCAUGCUGUCUUGUAUUCUUGUGACAUUUGUGUGGUGUAUUUUCUCCUCCGUGUUCUUGGCACUUUAAGCCCUUUCGGUGGACAGUCCGGGCCUUCGACCCGCCGAAGCAGCCGAGCGCCUGAGAGUCAGGGUGGAACGGGGCAGGCCGGGGGCGAUGCCCUCCGGCCAGGGGCAGGGUGCGGGCAGCAAGGAGA